AUGGAGCAAUCAGAACCCUUUUCACCUCUAAACAUUGUCAUUGUCGGAGCAGGCAUUGGUGGGCUUACAGCGGCCCUGGGUCUGCGCCAGCAGGGUCACAAAGUGACACUUCUAGAACGCUCAGGCUUGAACUCUGAAGUCGGCGCCGCGAUUCAUCUUGCCCCCAACUGCCAUGGCAUUCUCAAGCAAUUCGGUAUAUUCCCGGAGAAGUUCGGAGCCAAUCCAAUCAGAGGUCCCUGGAUGCUCGCACAUCGGGUUCGUCUCCACGAAGAGCUGAAGAAAGUGGCGGCUUCAACUUCCCUGCCUGGUCUACCUGCCGAAUUUCGCACUCAUUGUUCCGUCGCCGAUGUCGACCCCGCGGCCGGUACCGUGACGCUUGAGGACGGGUCCGUUGUGUCGGGCGAUCUUAUCAUCGGUGCCGAUGGUGUCAGCUCAAUCACUCGAUCCAUAGUCGCAGGCCCAACUCUCAAGCCUUUUGGUUCGGGAAAGAGCGCCUUCAGAUUCAUGAUUUCGCGAUCAACACUCCAGGAGAAUCCCGAAACACGACACCUGGUUGCCGAGGAUGGCUAUCUGACCAUGUGGGUUGCCGACGACAGACGCCUCGUCAUGUACCCAACCUUGAACAACACGGUCAUGAACUUUGUUGGCAUCCACCCUAGCGAGCUUACAUCAGGGCAGGGUAAAGGAUGGAGUCGGAGCGCCAGUAAGAAGCGCUUGCUGGAAGUAUUUGGCGAUUUUGCUCCUAUUGUGCUGUCUAUUCUGCGUGAGGUGGAUGAAUCGGAGCUGAAGGUCUGGACGCUGCUUGACAUGGACCGUAUUCCAACGUGGAUCAAGGGCAAGCUGGCGCUUCUCGGUGACGCAGCGCAUCCAUUCUUGCCUCAUCAGGGCCAAGGAGGUGCCAUGGCCAUCGAAGAUGCGGCUGCACUUGCUGCCGUGCUCCCUUCAGGAACAACGGUUGACGAACUUCCCGAGAGGCUAGCUUUAUACGAAAAGAUCAGAGAUACUAGAGCCCACAAGAUCCAAAGCUUCACGAGACUAGCCGGAGAGGAUUUGACAGACGCCAAUCGGAAGAACUUCAACAUGAUGGAGUUUAUCAACUACAACUUUGGCCACGACGAGUGGCACAACUCGAGGAGAGUCCUCCAAGAACACCUCUGGUCUCGCAAUGGGCCGACCUUCCAACGAGGCCCCCUCUCCUUCGGACCCAUGCCGAGCCCGAGACAGCGCCACGAUGGCACCCUUCAACCCUCUAGCGGCUCCACGACGGCUCAUAGCAUUCGCUUCAGCACAUCCGCUACGUAUCUCAAGACACUCUUCCCGACCCCGGCUUUCAGCUUCGUCAGCCCCGGUACGCUAGCUGAGGCCAGUCUUGUGACGCUCGAGUUUCGUGGCUUGUCGUGGCUCGGCGGUCGCGGAUACAACGUCUGCGGUUUCUUCAUCCACGACGUGCGGUACGAGAAGGAGCCGGGCAAAAGUGUUGUUGGUUCCUUCAUGGUUGUCAUGUUCGAGGGAGCUGCUGAUCCUCUCGUCACGGGAAGAGAAGAACUCGGCGUGCCCAAGAUCUUCUGCAACAUUGAUGUCGCCAAGAAGGAAGAAGGCGUGCUCGUAAAGUGCAGCUGGGACGGCAACGUUUUCAUUGAGAUUGAUCUUGGCGCAGGGUCUACGACGAACGGAGCUACGACAAACGGAGCUACGACAAACGGAGCUACAACGAACGGAGCUACAACGAACGGUGUCUCAAAGCCCGAAGACCAAGAUGCGCAGACUCUGACAAACGGGGGUCCGCAGCCGGCCCAAGACAAGCCAACUUGGUUCUGGUACCGGUGCGUGCCUUCAGUGGGCAGAAAGGGUGUUGCAGAUGCCGAGUAUCUCGUCACCCAGACGCCUGAGCCAGCACCAGAGCCCACCACGCCUAAUGCGGCCGCAAAGAAGACAUGGCAUGAAUCGACGAUGAAAUUUGAUAGAGGAACAUGGAAGACGCUGCCUACGCUUCAUCACGUGGCGUCGACGCUGGCAGAUAUGCCCGUCUAUGGAAUCAUUGCCAGCGAGACUACAGAACGGGAGGGUUCCGAAAGCUUUUCUACAGUAUCUCGGUUUGAUUAG